GUUUUAGUGUGACGGACAAAGAGGAGAGAGAAUGCGGCAGUGGCUGUCUCUCUCGAGCCUGAGCUCACCGCUGGCUCGGCGUGGCCGCUCGGUAUCGACAGCAUCGGCCGCUGGUUUCUUCCUCUCUUCCAUUAAAAUCAAAGGGUUCGACCUGAAAACGUUAAAGCAGGGCCAUUGUUUCAUGAUCACAGGAGGGCUUUACCACGACAACCUCGUUGUUUCCAAAUUCAUCGACGCCUGUUCUUCAGGAGGCAAUGUCCGAUAUGCUUACUCGGUCUUUGUCCACCAGCCAUGUCCCAAUACUUAUCUCCAUAACACCAUGAUCAGAGCUUUGUCCCUCACGGACGAACCUGAGUCACACGCAAUGGCUGUGAUGGUUUACAGGAAGUUCCGGGCUUCGUGUCUGAGGGCAGACACAUACACUUUCCCGUCUGUGCUUAAGGUUGUUAUCAGAUUAUCCGAUGUCUGGCUGGGUAGGCAGAUUCAUGCCCAGACGGCGGUUUCAGGGUUAGAUUCCAGCGUCCACGUCGUUACAGGUUUGAUUCAGAUGUACUCCUCGCACGGUGCCAUCUCCAUCGGAGAUGCACGCAAGGUGUUCGAUGAAACGUAUGUGAGAGAAACAGCUGUCUGGAAUGCUCUCAUAGCUGGUUAUACCAGGGUCGGAGACAUGGGUGAAGCGAAGAUUUUACUGGAGACGAUGCCUUAUUGCUCAAGGAAUGUGGUUUCAUGGACAACUGUGAUUUCUGGUUACGCCAAGAGCCACCGAGCAAGAGAAGCCAUUGAAAUGUUUCAGAGAAUGCAGCAGGAGAAUGUCAUGCCAGAUGAAGUCGCGGUUUUGGCUGCGCUCUCGGCUUGUGCCGACAUGGGUGCACUUGAAUUGGGUGAAUGGAUCAUACGUAGGUAUGACCACUGUCUGAACAGAUCAGUUGCUAUGAACAAUGCCCUGAUUGAUAUGUAUGCAAAAUCAGGGAACAUAACAAUGGCAAUGGAGGUGUUUGAGAGUGUUAAAGAGAAAAAUGUCGUGACCUGGACAACCAUAAUAACCGGACUGGCGAUGCACGGACUAGGCCAGGAGGUUUUCCAUAUGUUCGGUCAUAUGGAGAAGGGGGGUGUCAAACCGAAUGGAGUAACCUUUGUCGCUGUCCUUUCGGCCUGUAGCCAUGUCGGGAUGGUCGAUCUAGGACAAUGGUACUUCAGUGAAAUGAGAUCAAAGUACGGGAUCAAACCCAAGAUUGAGCAUUACGGAUGCAUGAUUGACUUGCUGGGACGAGCCGGGUUACUCCAAGAAGCGGAAGAACUUGCCACUGGUAUGCCGUUUGAGCCAAACGCCGCCAUCUGGGGAUCCCUUCUGGCCGCUUCGAAUGUUAAUCGUGAUCUCGAGCUCGGAGAACGGGCUCUGAAGCAUCUGAUAGAGUUAGAACCCGAUAACAGUGGGAAUUAUAUGCUUAUGUCGAAUUUAUACUCGAAUCUGGGGAAGUGGAACGAGGCGAGGAUGAUGAGGAAGAUGAUGAAUGGCAUUGGUGUCAAGAAGAUGACUGGAGGAAGCUCCAUUGGAGUGAGAAACAAGGAAUACAGAUUCAUCUCAGGAGACAGCUCUCAUACUAGGUUCAAUGAGAUAGCUGAACUCCUUCAGGACAUAGAUUGGCAAUCACAGAGCAACGGAGAAAGUGAAGAGGAACACGAAUGGAUAUGACUUGACGAGCUCUGAGGGAAAAAUAAUGAAACAAGUACUGGUCCCUGAUCCGGCUUCUGACAGAUUCCGAUGGUCGAGAUCACGGAGUCGAGUGUCGGAACCAGCCCAAAAAUUCUCAUCGGAGACAGAAACAGGCGACGAAUCUCGUGUGUGUAGGAUGCUUUUGCGGAAACGUAGAAACUCCGGCUACAUUGUCGAAAGAACCCUAGUACCUCGCCGGAGAUUGCCUUUAAUCGAGCUACUACUUACUUCGCAACUCGGAUCGAAACCCGAGGAGAAACUCUUGUAUCUGACGGAAAAUUCUGAGUCGGAGAUGAACAAUGAUGCGAUCGUAUUGAUCGAUUCGCAGAUGCCGGAGUUCGUUCUCGGGCCAAGGAGACGACGACGACGACGAAGCGAUUUGCCGAACAUCUUGAACAGUCGCUGAAUUGCGUUUUCAUAGUUAUCAUACUAAACCCCUUGUAUUUCUGCGUUGGUGUGCUUUUUGUCCUAACAUUUUAAGAUUUGACAAUUUCACCCCUUCUCAUC